AAAGUAUAUCUUUAUUCGUGCUCAUGAAUAUUAGAGAAUUCUCUAAUGUUCAUGUUCGUACUGCAUGUCAAGAAUUCAAGAUCACGAUUAAAAAUUGUACAAUCGUUUCAUUUCCCGGUAAUCAUAAUAUUGUGUUAUCAGUUAUCACUGAACCAUUCAACACGAUCAUCACGGACUCCAUCAUUUUUUACCCGCGCUUUUUAGCUCGUUCGAGAUACGACGACGAAAUCGGAAUAUUAGAAUACUAGAUUCUGAAAGAGUUGUGAAUUUGUGAUUCGUGGUCUGUCAUCUGCAUUGCGUUUUUUCUGCUUGUUUUAUAUAACCAGUAAUUAUUUUUUCUUACGAAUUUCCCAAUAUUAAUUAAUGAUAAUAUUACAUGGUCGUACACUUACUAAGUUACGAAUACUAUAUAAGAUAUAUUAAUAUAUAUAGCUUGAUUCGUACCAACUCAUUAGAUCUUUGACUAAUCGUACUUACUUUGUUUUGAUGACAGAAUCAUAGUUUAAAACCAAUUGUUUUCGUUUUUUAUUUAAUUUCUGGAACCAUGUCUAAGCACCUUGUUGACAUGGCAUCCAAGCAAAAAGACGUCAUGUUUAAUAUGUUGUCAUUAAAGCACAAGUUAUUGAUCCCAGAAAAAGAAUGUGAAAAAUGUGAACAAUAUACUAAAGAUUGGUUGAUUAUUAACGUCUGUCAUCAUUUACUCUGUAUAAAUUGUGCAAACAUUCAGGACGGUACAAACUGUUGUCAAAUAUGCAAUAUCACAUUCGAUCCAAAUACACAAGUCAGUACAGUUACUGAAAUGAAAAUAGCGUUUUCUCAAGUUGAAGAUCUAGUGUGGAAAGUAAUUGCAUUAGAGAAUGGAACAUUGGACGAAUUAUAUCCCGAUGAAGAAUUUAAUAACAAAAACAAACCAGAUAUGAUUCAUAUAAACUCAAUUAAAUCUUCAAUGCAAAACCAUUUGUAUAGCCAAAAUAAUGAAUCUAACAGAGAUUCUAAUUUAAGUUUAUCUCAAUCAUCAGUAGAUCUAUUUGAAGAAACCGAGGACAUUGAAGUUCCAGAACAAGAAAAAGAUAAUCAUCAGUCUAAUGGAUCUGUUUCUAUUGGUGUUAAUUCUGAUAAAAACGAUGAACUGGUAAAAUAGAAUUUUCUAUUAAACCUAUAGGUGAUAAAUUAUCAUAUGAUACAGUUUUAACAUUUUUGUUUUUUAUUUGAUAAUAAUAUGUUCUUAACAGAUUUGUAAAAUAGUAUCUAAUUGAUCA